AUGGCCGCCCGCCCGCCCCUGCGGGUCCUGUGCCUGGCCGGCUUCCGGCAGAGCGAGCGGGGCUUCCGCGAGAAGACCGGCGCGCUGAGGAAGGCGCUGCGGGGCCGCGCCGAGCUGCUGUGCCUCAGCGGCCCUCACCCGGUCCCCGCGGGCGCGGGGCCCUGCCCUCCGGAAGAGCAGCCUCGAGGCUGGUGGUUCUCUGAGGAGGCCGACGUUUUCUCUGCCCUGCAAGAGCCCGCCGUGUGCCGAGGGCUGGAAGAAGCGCUGGGGACGGUGGCCCGGGCGAUGGACCAGUGGGGGCCUUUCGACGGACUUCUUGGCUUCAGCCAGGGGGCUGCACUAGCAGCCCUUGUGUGCGCCCUGGGUCAAGCCGGCGAUCCCCGCUUCCCCCUGCCGCGAUUUGUCAUCCUUGUUUCUGGUUUCUGUCCACGGGGCCUUGGCCUCAAGGAACCCAUCCUGAAGAGCCCCUUGUCACUGCCAUCACUCCAUGUUUUUGGGGACACUGAUCGUGUCAUCCCUUCUCAAGAGAGUAUGCAGUUGGCUAGCCAGUUCCCUGAAGCCAUCACCCUCACUCAUCCUGGUGGACACUUCAUUCCAGCAGCUGCACCCCAACGCCAGGCCUAUCUCAAGUUCUUGGACCAGUUUGCAGAGUGAAAAAUCCACACACAUACACGAUGGGGCAACGUCCUCCCUGUUUUUUCCCCACCCUGGGGCCGCCACUGCAAUGCUUUCAACCAUGACCACCUGAUGACCGUCAAUUCUCAGGACUGUACACAGGAGAAAAGGGGAGCCUUACCGGACUUUGAUACUGAAAUGUGAAAAAGGCCAGAAAGCCCUUGAGGGGAAGGUAAUGGGAAAGCGUGAGCCGGCACCACUAUGGCUGCUGUACAAUAAAGCAGUGGUUUGUAA